UUACCGGGCGGCGUUAGGGAGCCUUUCGUUCUCGGACCCCGCUUCCCGGGAAGAGUGUCGGUAUGCAGGUGUUUGCACGAGGUUGGACGCUGGCACUCCUGCUGGCGUUCUGUCACGCUAGGAAGCCGCCGGGCAGAUCUCGCAAUGUUCUACUUAUUGUAGCUGAUGAUGGUGGUUUUGAGAGCGGUGCGUACAACAACACAGCCAUCAAUACUCCAAACCUGAAUGCCUUGGCCCAGCGUAGUUUGAUCUUCCGGAAUGCCUUUACCUCUGUCAGCAGCUGUUCUCCCAGCCGGGCCAGCCUCCUGACGGGCCUGCCCCAGCACCAGAAUGGGAUGUAUGGGCUCCAUCAGGAUGUACAUCACUUCAACUCCUUUGACAGUGUUCGUAGCCUUCCUCUGCUGCUCAGCAAGGCAGGGAUCUGGACAGGGAUCGUCGGGAAGAAACACGUUGGGCCGGAGGCUGUGUAUCCCUUUGACUUUGCCUACACUGAGGAGAACGGCUCUGUCUUGCAGGUGGGGAGGAAUAUCACUCGGAUCAAGCUGCUCGUUCGGAAAUUCCUCCGCAGCCAAGAUGAGAAGCCUUUUUUCUUGUAUGUUGCUUUCCAUGAUCCUCACCGCUGUGGCCACUCUCAACCCCAGUAUGGAGCCUUUUGUGAAAAAUUUGGCAAUGGAGAGACUGGAAUGGGCUGGAUCCCAGACUGGAAACCCCAGCAUUACAGCCCAGAUCAAGUGCAGGUUCCAUAUUUUGUGCAGAAUACACCAGCCGCUCGUUCAGAUUUGGCUGCUCAGUACACAACAAUUGGGCGCAUGGAUCAAGGCAUUGGCCUUGUCCUGGAGGAGCUAAACAGUGCUGGCUUCGGCAACAAUACACUUGUGAUCUACACUUCAGACAAUGGUAUCCCCUUCCCCAGUGGCAGAACCAACCUGUAUUGGUCAGGCACAGCUGAACCUCUCCUCAUCUCUUCCCCUGAGCAUCCUGCACGCUGGGGACAGGUCACCAAUGCCUAUGCCAGCCUUCUGGAUAUCACCCCUACCAUUUUGGAUUGGUUCUCUGUGCCAUAUCCCAGCUACAGCCUCUUUGGGAAGCGGAGGGUGCAACUCACAGGAAAGUCUCUGCUGCCAGCCCUGUUGUCAGAACCACCGUGGGCAACUGUGUUUGCGAGCCAGAGCUUGCACGAGGUGACCAUGCACUAUCCCAUGCGAGCUGUGCAGCGUGGCUCCCUGCGCUUCAUCCACAACCUCCAGAACCGCAUGUCCUUCCCCAUUGACCAAGAUUUCUAUGUUUCACCCACAUUCCAAGACCUGUUGAACAGGACUCAGGGAGGGGAGCCCACCCACUGGAACAAGACGUUGCACAGCUACUAUUACCGAGAGCGCUGGGAGCUCUACGAUCACAGCACGGACCCCACUGAAAGCCAAAACUUGGCUUCUGACCCUCGCUAUGCUCAGGCUCUCCGGGAGCUACAGGGGCUCGUGCUGAAGUGGCAGUGGGAAACAGAUGACCCCUGGGUGUGCGUGCCUGACGGGGUCCUGGAGAAUAAGCCCAGCCCCCAGUGUCGGCCUCUCCAUAAUGAACCGUGAUUUUCGUUCCUU